GCGUGCGUCAAAAUCGUCGUCAGUGCAACAAACCCGCAAACACAUUUAAACUUUUCUUGCUUUCCGUCAUCGAUUCGGGUCCGCGGUCCGUCGUUUCGUUGCUUUUUUUUUCGGAAGAGUGAGUGCGAUCAGGUGCGUGUAUCGCGGUGAAAAUUGUGCAAAUAUCCCGCAAAAUUCCCUGGAAAAGGACACGUAAAAAACGGGAACCAUGUAUCGCUUGCUAGUGCAGAAGACGUUCCUCAGCGGAUCGAAGCGGCAAAGCACCCAGCUGCUUCGAAGUCUUAGCACCAGAGGAGCAGCCAACAUCCCUCAAUUCCGUGAGGCUGGUUUCGGAAAGGUGCUGGUGGUUUUGUCUCCGUUUCUCGUGGGCGGUGGAGUCGUAGCGUAUGCUAAAUACGAUAACGAGUUCAGGAAAACGCUCGUCACGAACGUGCCAGCCCUUGAACCGGUCUUGAAGACACUACUUCAGGAAGAGAAUCCACUGGACGAGGUUUCGAAGAAGCUGGACGAAAUCUCCAGUACCAUCAGCGGGUAUACUUCAACGGUUACUGGGUUCUUCACGGGUGGUACCAAGGAAGAGGAGAAGAAGGCAGAAAAAAAGGUUGAUCUACCGCCGGUCACUCGUUCUAAAUCGGUGCAUGUACCAGUCCCAGCACCCCCGCUAUCAAAACCGGAACCAACGGUGGAGAAGGUCAAACUAUCCGAAUCAGCCGUCAAAUCUGCCACUCCUAGCUCUGUACCUGCACCAAAACCUGCAGCAGCUAAAGUGGCAGCCCCUGCUGCCGCGGCAACAACUGCAGCGACGCCCAAACCGGUUGUCGCCAAACCUACCGAAGAAGUACCCAAAUCGAUCAGCGAUCUUGAGCGCCAGAUCGACGUGGCAGCGGCAACCGCCAUCAAAGAGUACGGCAAGGCCGUCCAGGUGCUCAAGGACUACACCAAUGAGGUCAGGAAGGUGGUCGACGAAUCUGUCGACAAGCUCGAUUCGUCGAGUUGGGUGCUUUUGCGCAAUCGCACCAGCGCACGGGAUACUGCGCUGAAGGCGGCUGAGGAUGCCGCGGACGAAGCCCGGGAGAAUAUCGAAAAGCUGCAUCGCCUGCUGGACAGUCGCGAUAUCAAGUGUUCCGACGAUCUGAAGGACAAGGCUCGUGAAAAUAUUGCCGCAUACCUGGAACAUUUGAAGAAGGCCAAGGAAGAUGUCUACAAAGCACGAAACCUGGCCAACGUGGGCGAAAAGUACUGGAAGAAGGUGGAAACGGCUAGGAACUUCUUCAUCGACGAAAUCGAAUCCCUCUUUCCGGGUAUCAACCUGAGCGAAAAGAAGCUGGACCUAUCCAAGGACGAUUUGGAUUUGUUCAUCGUACAUGCCUUCACGCAGGUGGUGGCGCACCAGAAGGAGCUACAAAAGCUGCAGAUUGAGGGCGAUCAACAGCUGAAGCGGGCCCUCGAGGCGGUUCGAGGAACCGAUCAAAGCGAAGCCGUGAAGGCCCAACUGGAGUACGAGAUUGCCAAGGAAAAACGUGAAUUGAACCUGCAGAACCAAAGAAAGCUUCUGGCCAUCCGCGCUGAACUGGAACGCAACCUGCGUAAUCAGAUGAAGCGUCAAUCGGAGGCGCACACCGACCACCUUGCCGAUGCCCUCGCCCAGAAAGAGGUGGAAAUGAAACGAAAGUUCCAGCGUGAGCUGGAUGAGAAGAUUACCACGGAACAGGCGGCCUACAAACUGCAGCUGGCCGCAAUGCUCGGAAAACUCAAAGGAAUGGAUGCCGCCCUGAAAGAGAUCGAUGAUGAAAUGAAAGGUCGUGCCGAUGCCGAGAAGAGCGCCCAUCAAGCUCAAGCCCUGUGGGGAGCCUGCCAGUCGCUGUGGUCUUCAAUACGCUCCGGUCAACCGGGAAAAUCGUGGCGCGAACAGCUACGGCCGCUGAAGGACGAAAUCGGCGCUGUGGCCCGUGCCGCCGAAGGAGACGAAUUGGUCGGCGUAGUGCUGAAGGGACUCCCAGAGAAGGCCAAGGAUCGUGGCGUCUACCCGGAGGAUGCCCUACGAGAGCGUUUCAUCAAGGUGGAGCAAGUUUCGCGCCGGUUGGCCUUGGUUCCGGCUGAAGGUGCUCGGUUGCCGUUGUACUUCCUGUCGUACCUGCAAGCUGCCCUGAUAGCCAAACCGGACGUGCCCAUUUCGAAAGAUGAGCUGGAAGACAAACCGUUCGAUUUCAGCAAGCUGGACACGUACGAUAUUCUGAACCGUGCGCGCUACUGGCUGGAUCGAGGAGAUCUGGUUAAAACGGUCCAGUACAUGAACCUGCUGCAGGGUGCGUCGAGGAAGGCCGCCUUAGAUUGGCUCAAUGAGGCACGUUUGCUGCUAGAAACACAACAAGCUGCCAGCACUCUGAUGGCACAUGCGUCGUCCAGUGGAGUUCGUUUCCUGUAAAACCGAACCGAAUGCCAUCGUAUGUGUUAUUUUAAGUGUCCAUAACACCUCCUCCUAUCGUAUCCUUGCAACACCUACCGUUUCCAGCCGUCUUUGUUGUUUUUGUAUGGAUUACAUCAGAGUCCUGCCAGCUGUAAGUUUACCCCACAACCGCGAUCAGGUAGGUCACGACGAUGGAUCAUGUUUAAUUUUAUUAAGUUUAACGACAUUUAAACUGAGGAAAAGUCUCCAUUCUACCCCUUAUGGAACGAGAAUGAACAAAAUCCAAGUAUUGCGUACCGUAAAUUAAAAGUGUUUUGGCAAUUUGAAUAGACGAAGGCAAAAAAUGGGAUUAAUGUCAUUUAGCUUGGUGCUGCUUCAGUACUGAAGAGAAGCAAAGAAACAGGUCGCGAAUUGAAAGUAAAAAAAACGGCGCCGAUGAAAAUUAGUGGAAGCAAUUGUUUUCAAAAUUUAGGAAGAAAAUGUACUCUAAGGCCGAUUAAGUUAAUACACAACUAAAAAUCGAAAUUCUGCAUCA